CCGAAUAACCGACGCCGUGUCCGGGUGAGAACUCGUCCAGGCUUGUGCUUGUUUGUGUCCAACCUUUCCACUGAUUUCCUCCUGACGUCACGGACACCGUGCCCAAGUGACUGCACUGUGGACAGCAUCACGGGUGGCACCACGUAAGCAGAUGAAGGCGGUGACGCUGUGCGUGCUGGCUUUUGCCCUGGCGGAUAUCGCCGCUGGGGACCUGCCGUCCCCUGACAAAUCCUACAAAAUUCUCGUUCUUAUUCCUGUGGCGUCUAAGAGUCACAGAAAUGUGUUCUUACCCCUGGUUGAGUCCCUCGCUGACCGUGGACACAAGAUAGUGAUGCUCGUCUCUUUACCACCAGUCUUCAAACAUCCAAAUGUGACGGAGAUAAACUUUGAGGUACCCAUACCACACAUUAAUUUUUUUGUGGAAGGCAAAUUUCUUGGAAGUUUGCCUGCUCUGGGGAAAAAACUUCCUAAGAUAGCGCGGGACUUGUACCAGAUACCAUCUGUGAAGAUGCUUUAUGAAAAAAGAAAAGAAUUUGAUCUCAUAAUAGUGGAUCAUAUGUUCAAUGAGGUCGGUUACCCAUUCCUGCACGAGGUCCCUUUCAUCACUAUCGCCACGCCCGGGAUGGAUCACCGACAGAGUGCUUUCUUGGGCAACGUCCUCAACCCCUCCUACGCCCCUCACUUGCUUCACAGCUUUCCCCUUCCCUUGUCUCUGUGGCAGCGUAUCAAGAACACCUUCAUGCACAUCUAUGUGGCAAUCUUUUGGAGGAGCUGGGCAGUUGUACCGCUGAUUCAGAAAGAGAUCUCAGCUCGGUUCCCUGACCUGCCACCGCUGCUGGACAUCGAGAGGAACCAGAGUCUGACACUGAUGAACACUCACUUCACCAUUACCACACCGGUGCCCCUCCUGCCCUCACAGGUGGAGGUGGGGGCUAUGCACUGCCGCCCCGGCGAGCCUCUGCCGCAGGAUUUGGAGUCGUGGCUUACAGGGGCAGGCUCUACGGGCGUCAUUUACUUCAGUCUGGGAUCAGUCUUGCGUGGUGAAAUACCCCCGGAAUACCUUCAAUUCUUCCUGGAGGCUUUCCAAAGACUGCCGCAACGGGUACUGUGGAAGUACGAGGGGCAGCUGCAGGGCGCGUCCGACAACGUCAGGGUCAGCAGCUGGUUCCCCCAGCAGGACAUCCUCGCUCACCACAACGUGAAAGUCUUCAUCUCCCAUGGCGGCCUCCUCAGCCUUCAGGAGUCUAUCUUUCAUGAAAAGCCCCUCCUUGUCUUGCCCGUCUUCGGUGACCAGCCUAGGAAUGGUAUGGUCGUGGAAAACUCGAAUAUUGGUCGUGUCUUGGUGUGGGAGGAACUUACUGCCGACAGGAUCGUUGACGCCCUCACUGACAUCAUCAACAACCCGAUGUACAAAGAGAACGUGGCCAGGAUGUCGGCGUCCUUAAGGGAUCAACCGACGACGCCAAAGGAGCGUGCGGUUUUCUGGACUGAAUACGUCGUCCGCCACCGAGGGGCGCCCCAGCUGAGGUGCCCGGCCGCCCAGCUCUCCUGGGUGGAGUUCCUGAUGCUGGACGUGAUAGGUCUCCUGCUGCUGGCCCUGCUGCUGCUGCUACUUCUCAUCCGUCGACUCCUGAGGGCAGUUUCCGCGACCCUCCUUGGUAGCAGCGCCAAAAGGAAGAAAGACUAAGGAUCACGAAAAUUGAUUUCAUGCAAUAUGUGAUUUGCUUGCUAGGGUUGUGGUAUUUGUUGCAACGGUACAUGAUGAUGGCAGGCCAGGUAUUGUCAUAUGUAUGUUUCGAGCAUUAGUUUUUUCCCUUGAGCUUCAUUUUUUUUUUUUCCAUGAACCUUUUAAUAUACGUUGCUUCUGUCUCACAGUCUCCUCUUUGUGAACUUCAACACUUGAACAGACAUUCCAUUCAUACUUCAGACUCUCUAACCAAACAUUUUCUCUCGAAACCAACACAAGUGUUUUCCUUGAUUAGUACAACUUUGAUAAGUACAACUUUUCUUGUUGUAGAUCAUAAUAUAAAGUGUAGAUCGCAUACCAAGGUAGAUUCAUAACACGUAAAUCACAAAAUAAAGUGUAGAUUGCAUACCAAAACAGAUUUAUGAUAGGUAGAUAACAAGCCAAGAUAGCACCCCAAAAUACUUCUACAAUAUGUGUAGUAAACACUUCAGCAACUUCUCACCUUUCUAGAUUUAACUAAUUUGUCCUCCAUUUCGACCUCACAACCCCUUCCUCCCUCCCGACUAACGAAAAAAGCGCUAGAGUGUAGUUAAGAACAUAAUGAAUAAGGGAAGCUGCAAGAAGCCACCAGGCUUACACGUGGCAGUCCCUGUAUGAAAUCUACCUACUAUUUUCACCUAUCAUCCCCAUCCAUAAACCUGUCUAAUCUUCUCUUAAAGCUCCCUAAUGUCUCAGCACUAACAACAUGAUUACUGAGUCAGUUCCAUUCAUCUACCACUCUAUUUGAGAACCAAUUUCUUCCUAUCUCUUUCUUAAAACUAAAUUUUUCAAGUUUGAACCCGUUAUUUCUUGUUCUGUCCUUGUUGCUGAUCCUAAGAAUUUUGCUUACGUCCCCCUUGUCAUAACCCUUAUACCACUUAAAGAAUUCUAUCAGGUUCCCUCUUAACCUACGUCUCUCCAAAGAAUGUAAAUUUAACAGCUUCAGUCUCGCCUCGUAAGGAAUACUCAUCCCCUGUAUCCUUUUUGUCAUUCUCCUUUAUACUGAUUCUAAUAAACCUAUAUCCUUC